AUGGGAUCUUUCAGCGGUUUAGUGAUUGGUCUGAGUUUUGUCUUCGGCUGCAUCUUGAUGGGGCUUUUUCUCGAGCUUUACUACUUGCUAUGGUGGAAGAAGAAAAUGGCGGCGAAUAAUAGUAAUAGUAAUAGUAACAGCAGCAGAAGCACAUCAGAAAUCGAGGAGGGCUUCUCACUCUUCUUCUGUUGGAAUUGGAAAAAACCCAAUUCUUCUUCAAACCCUCAAUUAGGUCAAGAUCAAGAUUUGGAGAUGGGGCCCACGAAGGAAUUAGGGUUAUUAAAAAGCUAUGGCGAAGAAGGGAUCGAAUCGGAGUUGAUGAGAGUUCACAAUCUCUCCGGCCCGCCGAGAUUCCUCUUCACGAUCAAAGAGGAAGAUUUCGAAUCGGAUGCCGACGCGAUAUCAAGAAGCAGUAGGAAAGGGUCGAGAACUAAGAGCCUCGGCGAUGUUUUCGGCGCUGACGUCACGCCGAUGUCAUCGCCGAGUUUUGCGGAUUCUUACCGGAGUGGUAUUAGUAAUCAUGGGUUUAAUGAUAAUCCGUUGUUCGAGUCAAUGUCGGAGGCGGAAGUCAACCGGUUGAGAUCGUCUCCGCCUCCCAAGUUCAAGUUCUUGAAAGAUGCUGAGGAUAAGUUAAUCAGGAGGUUGUUGGUUGAAGAAGCUAUGAGGAAAAGUGGGUUCGAUAACGGCGGAUCGGUUCGAGAUUCCGCCGUUAACGAACCUCCGAGCUCAUGCAUUGAAGAGAAAAGAUGA